ACCAAACAAAGCAAAAAUGGAUAGCACGAACCGUAGACUACAUUCGAAUACAAUCUCUGGCGAGAGACCUACAGAGAUCACGAUUGUCACCGAGCCAUCCUCACCUCGUCGUAAUUCUGAAGGUGCUUUCCAUCUUCCAUUAGAUUCAGCACCUGUAACUCCAUUGACAUCAGAAUCUCUCGGCGUACUUUCUCUCCAGGACCAUUUCCCAAACCCUCAAAGACAAGAAGCACCUUUACCUACAAAUACACCUGUCGCAGUACCCGAGAAACCCGUGGCGACUACUGUUGGUACAGGCCUUACUUCAGCCCCAACGACUGCAACAACGCCUGUAGUUGCUACUGCUAAAAACACAAACUUGCCAACCUUGCCUUUACCAGAUGUGUCUUUUAAAGACAACGAUGAUGAUGGUCCUUUGCCGCCAGCAAAGACAACUAGAUCUAGAGGACCAAGUCAGUCCACAGUUGACCCAUAUGAAGAUGCUGUUUCUUCAUCCAAUUCUCCGCCUCGAAGCGACGAUCUGAAUGUUGUUAAUACUCAUAUGACAGUAGGAUCUGUUGCCUCGAGUUGUGGAGUUGAUUUGGCAAAUGCCAAGAGAAAUGCAGAUUUUCAUGCGUUAUUUCGCAGCGUACCAGAACAAGACAUGUUAAUAGAAGAUUAUGGCUGUGCAUUGCAAAAGGAAAUCCUAUUACAAGGUCGAAUGUAUAUUUCCGAGAAUCAUGUUUGUUUCAACGCAAACAUCUUUGGUUGGGUGACAAAUCUGGUUAUCGCGGUUUCUGAUAUUGUGGAGAUUGAAAAGAGAUCUACAGCUAUCAUUAUCCCAAAUGCCAUCCAAAUAUCGACAUUACAUGCAAAGCAUUCGUUUGCCUCUUUUCUAUCGAGAGACCAAGCCUAUGAUUUAUUGAUCGACGUAUGGAGAUGUGUCAGACCACCACAACAACCUAUUGAAGGUCAAAAAGUAUCUGAGACUGACUAUGAAAGUGAUACAUCAGAAUCCACAUUCUCCAGUAGCAGCUCUAUCGGAUCUAGUGGCGAAUUAUCCUCAGAUGACGACGACGACGACGAUGAUGAUGACGACGACGAUAUAAAUCUCAUGGAAAAAAGCCUACCUCCUAAGCUAUCGAUAUCUUCUGCAUCUACAUUGCCAAUUUUAAAAGAAAAGGCACCAGAAGAAGUUUCAAGAAAGAGAGCUCAAUCUGAAGCAGGCCCACGUCCACGUCCAGCGUCCCCGGCAGAAAAAUCAGCUCAGGUUCAGGACAAGACAGAAUGUGAAUGCGGAAAGAACAACAGUCAUUAUCCUGUUAUUGUAAUGGACCAAAUCUUUGACUGUCCUAUGGAAAAGAUUUUUCAGCUGCUUUAUGAGGGUGAUUUUAUAAAAACAUUCUUGGCCGAUGUCCAGAAAACAACAGAUAUUCAGAUUACUGAAUGGAGGAAUGGGGACGGAGAAGGGGAAGGAGGAGCAGAACGUGUUCGAGAAAUCAGCUAUGUAAAACCAUUGAAUGGUGCCAUAGGUCCCAAAUCUACCCGGUGUUUAUUGUCAGAAGAGAUCAUGCACAAAGAUUUUAAGGAUUAUGUCACUCAAAUUACUACCACACAAACUCCAGAUGUUCCAUCGGGAGGUGCAUUUAGUGUCAAGACAAGGACAUGUCUUACUUGGGCAGAGAAAGGAAAGACUCGGGUAUUUGUAAGUGUCCUUGUAGAUUUCACAAAGUCAUCUUGGUUGAAAUCAACGAUAGAAAAGGCUUGCAUUGAUGGUCAAAUGACUUAUUACAAAGAUCUUGAAGCUGCUCUCCGACGCUUCACCGAAAAACAAAAACACGUUGGUCUAUCAAAGGCUGAUCGUCGUAAACGGAAGGUGAAGAAGGAAAAGAGACGCUUGAAAAAGACACCAAAGAAUAUCGAAGAACCUGUGUUGGGCUGGAAGGAUAAGGCGAUCAGAUACAUCAGACAAUUAUCUGCACCAUCAACGACUCAAUUGAUUGUAUUUGGCAUGUGCACUAUGAUGCUCAUCAAUUUUUACAUCGCAUCCAAACUUGCUACGGUUGAGAAGCGACUUCACCAGUACUCACAAGGUGUCUCUGACAACAAAAAGGCUGCCCAAAAGCCUAUGGCAAGUGAUCAAGGCGAGACAGUAUGGGCAUGGUUGGGUAAAUUAGAUUAUGAGGUCCCAGAAAUGCACAAUUUCCCGUCAGAAGAAAGUAUCGAAAAACGAUUACAAGCAUCUCGAGAAGUGAAAAAUAGGCUAGAUGCACACAUGGAUACCUUGGGAACCAUGCUUCAACGUGCAGAAGAGAACAUGGAACAAGUGUCAAGGGCAGUUGAAGAACAAAAGGAAAAAAUAAAGAAUAAACGAGUAUAAAUACCGCUAUAGAUAUUCAAACC